UUUCAAAAUGGCGUCAAUUUAUGAAUGAGUCGCUGUCGAACGGCUUUCACCGUUUUUCUAAAAUUAUUUGAAAGAGAUCAGAACGUCGUCACAGGUUUAAAGGGGAAAAAUCAUGUCAUCUUUGACUCCAACAAAUGCUUUUCCAAAUCCCCCAGCACCCAUUCCUCGACCACCUGGGAGGGCAGGGAGAAGUACUCCUCGUCGAAGUUCUUCUCGGUCUAUUAAACGAAAAAAGUUUGAUGAUGAGUUGGUGGAGAGCAGUCUUAAGAAGGUGUCCAAACAAAGAGGUGAUGUCGUUGUCCUGGAAAAAGAAAUACAGAAAAGAACUUUGCCCACAGGUAAAGGCUCCUCAAGGAAACAGAGAAAAAGCAAGAACCCUCAAGUGAAUAAAGACUUUGGAAGAUGGAGACCAGCAGAUGAUCUUGCCCUCAUUACUGGAGUUCAGCAGACAAAUGAUCUGACAGCUGUUUAUCUUGGGAUAAAGUUCUCUUGUCGAUUCACUCCAAAAGAAAUUCAAGAAAGAUGGUAUCAACUUCUUUAUGAUCCAGUAGUGUCGAGGUUGGCCACUACUGCCGUUAAACAGCUUCCUCCAGAUGUCAUUGCUGCAGCGCAGAACAAUGCACUGUGGAACAAAGAAGAGGAACUUAUCUUGGCAAAUGUGCCAGCGAACAGCCCAGCUUCUUUAGAAUUAUUCCAAGAUUUGUUGGAUAAAAACCCCUCAGUUUUUCACCAGUGUCGGUCAGCUAAGGCACUAAGAAAUCACUGGCUUCUGAUGCGCCAAUAUCAACUCCUCUCUGAUCAGACAGUUUCCACAGCAGAGCAUGCAGUGAGUUUUUCUGAUGCUGAGGAACAGAUUAACGACGCUGAACUCUCAGAAACCAAGGAUGAUAACCUAGAACAGGAACUUUCAUUGGCCGACAGACGAAACAAAAGAGAGAUACGCAUGUUAGAAGGGGAGAUUCCGUUGUGGCAAGUUAUCGUGGAGAAACUCAAUGCAGCCACGGGAGCCACCACAGUCACGCCAGCCAGCGAGUUUGAUUCCCACACACUUGCAGUGUUGAGAGGGCGACUGGUCAGAUACCUGAUGCGCUCCAGAGAGAUUACCGUCGGAAGAUCUACCGCUGACAAUCACGUUGAUGUUGAUUUGUCCCUAGAAGGACCAGCAUGGAAAAUAUCAAGGCGACAGGCGGUAAUCAAGCUUCGUAGCGAUGGUGAGUACUGUGUCAUCAACGAAGGUCGGAGGCCGCUGUACAUAGAUGGCAAGCCCGUCGUCAUUGGCGCGAAAGCGAGGCUCCACCAUAACUCCACUUUUGAGAUUUGUGGUCUUCGCUUCGUGUUCCUGAUAAACCAAGAUCUUCCGGGAGCCACAAAGGAAGUUAAACAACCGACACCAGCCCAGCAAGGAAAGGUUGCGUAAAAUUACGUUGAAAGUGCUUCAGGACACCAGCGAUGACCUGGAGCUUCAUACUCGUCGAAAGUUGCUUUCAAAACACAACUUACAUUUAUCUGUCAUAUCACCAGAUGUAGAAAACACCAGAAAAUAUUUAUAUUCAACGAUAAUAUCCGUCGGGGAGUCUUUCAUCGUCGUCGAUACAUAGGGACGUUUCGUGCAAGAGACGAGAGGGUAACACGAACAUUCCCGAACUAGCUAGAGGUUCGGCGCGCAUCGCACACACAAGUGUGACGUGGGGAGAAAUAUAUCACUUCUUAAUUUAAUCGAGAUUGUAAAUUUGUAAAAUGUUUUAUUUGAGGUAAACUCGACAUUUUAUGAUACAUACAUUCGAUUGUAUAUAAGGGUAGAGAAAUAAGGAAUGGGAUAAUAAAAUUUCA